AGUAUGCACGUGACUCUCCAAAUGAAAGAAAGCCACGAAGGCCUUCAGGAGCAAAAAAUAAAGAGGUGAUACCAACUCGAUCCCGAAGUACCUCAGUUUUGGGCCCUGGCACAGACCAGGUGUCUUUCAGAAAUAUCCCUACGAAACACACUAAAGAGAAUAUCAUAACACCAGAGAAAUCAAGAGGACGGGCCAGCGCCGCAGACAACAUGUGGGAACCCCUUACCUUGGAAACCAAAGAACCGAAAGAAAGUGCCACAAACAUCGCUGAGAAAGCCGCCCCCGCCCAUCUGGCGGCUGAGGGCAGUGGGGGGGACCUGAGCCUUCCUUCAACUCCCCGGCUUCCGGGAAAGGGUGAGCAAAACCUGGACGGUUUCUCUCCUUUUAGUGACAUUUUUGGUCUGGUCGAAGACGACUUCGAUCCCCAGAGCCAACAGCUAGGUGAUCUGGGGCCCUCAAGUCAAGUCACCGGGGAUGAUUGGGAGUGGGAAACGGAACUUUCCCACUCACCCCACUCCGAAACCUUGUGGGACAAGGCCAUAGAGUGUGUCACGGUCUCUGACUGGUCCGACGAUAACAGCAGCGCUGAUGAAAAAGAUUGGGAGGACCGCUUCUGGAGCAGCCCUUCUUUGAUACGGUGGGCUCAGGGAGAAGACUCCCUGGUAUUAUUACUACAGGAGAGAGAAGAGCGUCUCGCUGACAAUUUGGGGAGAAAUACUAAGGGCGGCGGGAGAGAGGACAAGAGGAAGAGGCCGGCUCCUGGGAGGGCCCUGGUAGAAACCCACAACCAACCCUCCCUUCACACACUCCGGUCCCAAACCAAGAGGCCCGACAUGCGCUUCUUAGGGAGUGAUGGCCAUGGCCGACUGCCCAGACUGAGGAGAGAGGCGGGGGUAGACUGUAAAGAGACGGGCGAAUCUGUAGAUUCGGCUAAAGGAAGCCCGAAGGGAAGGAAGAGUAGUGGUGGUAGCCAACUUAGUAAUACAAAGCAAGCUUCAGAUUCAAAACAAAUAGGGAGUGACACUGAAGAAGAACUGGAAGCCUUCUCAGAAAUGAAAGUGUCUCCAGACUCUGCAUCUUUCGGACCUGUUUCUACAGAUUCCGCAGCGGCCCCAUCAACGUUUCUUCCAAAACUCUUCACAAAAGAUGAUCGUAAAACAAAGUUCUUGUCCGCCUCUGACAAUGAAGCUGAUGAGAUAAUUCGUUCUGUGUCACUUGAUAUCACUGAGUUUGAUGUCAGUGAUUUUGAUGACUCAUUGUCUACUUCGAGCUCCGAGAAGCAGGAUGUUACUGAGAAUGAUGAAUCAUGUUUGAAAAAAAGAGUUACAUUUGGAGCUUUUCUAGAACCUGAAAUAUUUGACGAAAAUUCACCUCCCAAUAAACCUCUUAAAAAAGGAGAAAGCCCAGAAGCGAAAAAAACGUCACUGGGAACCUCUCCUCCUUGGACUGGGCCACCAAAAUCAAUUAUGAAGCAGGCGCGUCCUAAACCACCAGAAAAAGAGCCUUCCAACAAUCUAGUGCGAGGGAUACUGCAUACAGAAAACCUAUCACAGGAGUUGCUGACCACUCUUAGUCUUAAGAAGAUGUCUGCACCCUGCAGCAAUGAGGUUACUGUGUCCCAGUCUCCGGACAAAAGAGUGAAUUCCUUAGACCCCCACAAGAUUGUGGGCACACCAGUGCUCCUGAGGAGAUCCCUCUCUGGAAGAAGAAGCCAACAUGAUACCCUCCAAAUGACGUAUGCGAAAAGGAGAAGCAUUGCAUCCGAAGCCAGUCUCAUGGUUGUACACUCUUGGGCAGAUGUGGUGAGAUUAGGUACUAAAAAACCCCAAGCACACAUUGUUAUAAAACAUGGUCUUGAGAGAAGAAUAAUAAAAAAGCAGAAGAGAUUAACUCCCAAGGUCAAGAAGAAGCCUGCAAACCACGCUCAGAAUCCCUUUAGCACAGGCCACGCAAACUCUCCCUGCACCAUAGUGAUUGGGAGAGCUCACACUGAAUAAGUGACUGCGCCUACACGGCCCCGUAGGAUGCUGAACAACUUUGUUGUAAACCCUAAGAUGGAUAUGAAUGAGGAUUUCACAGGAUUAGCAGACAUGUUUGAAAUACCUACGGACACUCCAAAUGGGUCUCCUAACGACUCUUCAGAAUGUUUGUCACGUGAUGACUUUAGUGCAGGGAGAUUGACAGCAAAACAGCUACAUGGUCAGAGCAUUCUAGGCCCGAGGAGCCGACAAUUGUGGGUAGAAGCCAAUAACAUUGUUCAAACAUUGGAAGAAGUUUCUGAAAUUAGAAGUGAUGAAAUAAUGAAGAUUCCACUUCGAGAUGUCGAUGUAGACCACGAAAUAUUAACACCAGGUUCAAAAAAGGGGAAGACUUGUCUACCAAAGGACUAUGUAUCAACAUCAUAUCUUAGCAGAAUUAAAACUCCACCACCAGAUCAAAAAGUUACAGAUAUGGAAGAAAAAUUUGGAAAUGAAAACACAAACAAGGUGACAUUGGCAGAACAGCGCCCAGUAAUAACACCAGCUACAGCUACACAUAUAACAUCGAAUUUGUGGGCCAACACUUUUAACAUCAAAGGAGCUACUCCUAAGACUCUUGCAGAAGAGUAUUAUAAAAAAGAAAAUGCAGUUGACAUAGACCUACAAAAUCAAAAAUCAAAAUUGUCAGGUCAGUUAGGAGUCACAAGUUCCUUAAAGAUAAGAUCCAAUAGAGAGCCCCCCGUCACUGACCGAUCAGCAGGCCAAAAACCUGAACAGUCUACCCAAACAGAAAUUUGCAGGGUGGGCCUAAAGUCAGGUAUCGUAUUGCUGAACACGCAGACUGCUCUAGGAGGUGGACCACUGAAUGACCCCAAGGAGCGAGGAGGCUUGAAGAAAGUAAUAACCCCAAAGGGAAAAACAAAAAUAUCAGAAGACUUACUUGGCAGCAGAGUGCCUAUGACAACUCGAACAUCAGUGGUGGCAGAAUUGAAAGAAGACGGAGAAAGCAAAGCGGCAGAUUCUGUUGGGGAUGAUGCAGAUUUUGUUCAGGAAAAUCUUAGGACGACCCCAAAGCAAGUCCAUGCUGAAGUCCCAAAGAAGCUUCUGAGGACAGUAGAGCAGCAGACUCCGAAGUGGAAAUGUGACUCCGUGGAGCCGCUGACACCAGCGGUCAAGAUACUGUUGGGAAUGCUGGAGGACAAGGCGAAAGCAGGAGAGGAGCGGGUGGCUGCUGCCAAGCAAGUGGUGGAACCAGUCAAAGACAGGAGCAAGGCCCUCCUCAUGGAGCUGGACCAAAAACAUGAAUCAGUAGGAUAUCUGCCUGGGAUCAGGAGACUGAUAACAACUCCAAAGGGAAAGGAGGAGCCUGUAAUAGAAGAUGUGAAAGUUAGUAAGAAGCCUGUCAAAACAUCAAGGCAAAAAUGUGACAUAGAAGAAUGCCCAAUGAGUUUCAGGAGAUUUCAUGAAAUUCCCAAGGUGGAACCAAUAGGAAGAAAGCAUGGCUUCCUAGGGAAACUGAGAAGAAAAUCAGGGGAAGUAAAAAACCUAACGGGUAUGAGAGUUCCUAGGGAAAAGCCAAAACUAUUAGAAAACUUAACAGGUGUCAGAAGAUUUUUUAAAACUGCACGUGUGAAACCUGCAGAACAUCUAACGAGCAUGGAAAAGAUGGAUAUGACAUCUAAAGAAAAAGAGUCAGUGGAAGAUCUCACUGUCAUCAAAAAAUUAAGAAGCCCAAAGAAAACAAAGGGGCAAUCGAUGGAAGAUCUAAUAGGUUCAAAAAAAUUAAUGAAAACCCCCAAACCAAAGGACCAAUCAGUGAAUCAACGGCAAAAGAAAAUUUGCUGUAGGUCUUCUGAAGAAGCUGAAAAUACAUCUAAUAUCUCUAAAAUUGAAGGGUUAUACUCAGUGAACGUGGAAGAUCACAUUAUGAUGGAUCAAGAAGUUCUGUCUUUACCUAAUGAAAGAAACAAAAUUAGUCGUAUUCUUCAAGAAUGUGAUGAAUUACCUAAUGAAACAAAAAGUAUAAUCACAGAGAAAGAAGCAGAGGAUUUUCUGCCGAGUUUUCCAGAUGAAAAGAAUGCUUUUGUCCUCAAUGAUGAUGGUCAAAUAAUGGUGUCUGUAAGAUCUAAAGCCAAAGACAAAAGUGUAGAAUCGCUUGAUGAAAAGAUUGUGGUGACCUCCUGGGAGAAAAAUGUGAAGGAGAGGAUUGUGCGGCCAAAAGCCCGGAGCUUGUCACCCUGGCACAAAGGAGAAAGGAGGGAGCCUGUGAAGGGGAGGACCAGAAUGUUUAGGGACGUGGCCAACAAGGUAGAUGUCAGGGUACCUUUGAUUCCUAUCAAAAGAGACCAAGCAGCUAAAAAAACAAGAGCAAGCUCAGCACUUGCGGAUGCAGGGACGGGGCUAAUGUUAACGUCUAGAAAUGAAAACAGAGACCCACCCAGUGAAUCAAAGGUGUCACCAACACAUGACAAAAAGGAACUUGGUAGGAGACCGCCCGGGAAAAGGAAUGAAAACUUAGGGGCUUUAAAAGCACAAGGUUUUGAUCCCUUGGUGGGGAAAAAUUACAGAUUAGCAAUCGAGAAGAAUGAAAAGAAAGGGUUUUUGAUGGCGUUGCGGCCUGAUGAUACAAUUAAAAAUGAUGAGAAAUUGAAAGAUAGUGAUAUCGCUCCCGAAAUAGUUUCAUCCCCCGCAGAGGAAAAUGAGAAAAACCCAAUAAAGGUCUUGAAAGAGCAAAAACUAGAAAAAAGAGCUACGGACAAAGCAAUAGUGGCAUUGCGAUCUAAAAAUAAACAGAAUAAAAUAUUUCCUGAUGAAUCAGAUAAUAAAAUAUACCCAGAUGUUAAAAAGAAGUCUUUGCAGAUUUGGCCAGAGUCUUUCAUGGGAGGCGUCAAAGGCCAAACUCUGGUGUUGCACCCGAGAAUUAGAAAUAAAACUAUUAAGGAAUUGAACUUCAGUUUAUCGAGUGAAAGAGAUGAAGCACAGACAGCAAGCGAUGGAAGAGGUGAGAACAGCUACCCAGGAAACCCGGCCAUGGUUGAACGAAGAAUAUCAGUAAGAAAGAGAGCUACAACUCAUAAGGAAAAUCAGUCAAAUUUAAGAGACAGAUCCGACACAGACAACAAACAAAAGUUACCUGCUAUGGAAUCUUUAAGAUCGAGCAAUAUCGUGAAGUCUGCUAAGGAAUCACACGAGGUUAAUUUAGAGCGUAAGACAGAGGGCGACAAGAAGAAACUUAUGAAACAGCCCCCAGAGAGUUUUAGAGGCGCAAGUCCAAAUAUAGGAAUGGCAGCUUUAAAAUUUAAAGACAAAAAUGAGGUAGAGGACAAAUCCCAAGGGUCUAACAAUACGUGGUCUAGAGAAACAAAGAGAUCGCACAGGAGCUUCCCCGAGAAGCUUUUGUCAUUAAUAUCUAGAAAUAAGGUCGGUGGCAAAACAGAAAAACAAUAGUGUCUAGGGAAGAGUCUCCAGGAGAAGAAACCGAAACAGAACUCAGUGAGUAAGGGCCAUAUGGCACUGUGAUCUCAAGGUAAAAGCACUAGAUUACUUCCUGCUGCCGGGGUUGUACCUGAGAUACGUCUAAAACAAGUGAAAGGAGGGAGGAAUUGAAAGGACACAAGUGGAUUAAGACGUAGCCUUAACAAUAAAAAGGAUACAGGACUGAAAGGAGCCAACCCUAUAUCACCGUCCAAAGCAGACAUGGAAGAGAAAUACCCAGUACUACGUGACAGAAGAAUCCGAAAAGCUUACAAGAAAUGAAGACAAGUAAAAGUUAAUGUUCAUCUUCCAAAAGUAAAAUGUAAUUAAUAAUAAAAAAAUAAAAUUAAAAUAUAAUUUUAAGACAAUUAUUUACCCUGCCUACCAAGAAGAUAGAAUUGCUCUAGAAUUGAAAAAUAAACAAGAAUAGAACAAGUAUUUAGUGAAGUAAAACUAUGUAGAUGGUGUAGAAUAGUUUCACUGAUUGUCACAAAAUUUCAAGUUAUUUUGUAAAUAGGGCAAUGAAUGACAAUGUGCCAGGCAAUGAUUUCUUUAUGUGUAUUUCAUUAAAUUAAUUUUGCCAAGCUAGUUUUUGUGUU